CCCACCCACAUCGCGCAGCACACGGUGUUUUCAGUUUCCACGAGCGCCGGCCCGCAGGACUGUCGAACGCGCAGCCGACUCGCUACACCCCUUUCGCCGGCGGCGGCCGGGAUCGCCGCCAAAGCCGUGCGCCCCGUCGCCGCAAGUUCUUAGAGAUGGCGACGAAGUCUGGGUACACACGUCCACGCCCGCCUGCCGAGGACACCGCCCCUCUGCCCCCCAGCGCCGUCCUGUACGUGGCCAACUGCGGACCCGCGGUUGGGGUGACCGAUGCCGCCGUCCGCGCGGCGUUCGGCGCCUUCGGGGAGGUCGCGGAGGUCCAGGCCGCCGACAGCAGCGGCGCCCGCGUCAUCGUCCGGUUCCACGAGCCCGCCGCCGCGGAGGCUGCUAUGGCCGCGCUCCACGGACGCCCCUGCGACCGCCUUGCGGGGCGCGUGCUGCACAUACGGUACUCGGUGCCCGUGAAGCCGAAGGCUCUCCCUGGUGGCUCGCUGCUAGUGUCUCUCUCGGCGUCGGAGCUGGGGAUCCCCGGGAUUUACAUGGUUGAGGAGUUCGUGACUGCCACUGAGGAACAGGAGCUACUUGCAGCUGUUGAUAGCAGGCCAUGGAAAAAUUUGGCGAAGAGACGAGUUCAGCAUUACGGUUAUGAGUUUCUGUAUGAUACAAGGAAUGUUGAUUCGAAGCAGUUCUUGGGUGAAUUACCGGCUUUUGUUUCAAUAGUCCUUGAGAAGAUCGCUUCCUUUCCUGGUGUGAAGAACUGUACUACCGGAUUAGUUGAUCAAUUGACAGUAAACGAAUAUCCUUGUGGUGUAGGUUUGUCUCCACAUAUAGACACACACUCAGCAUUUGAGGAAAUGAUUUUCAGCCUUUCUUUGGCUGGACCUUGCAUCAUGGAGUUCAGGAAAUAUCCUAAAGGCAGUUGGCGUGCUCCAAUUGUGCUCAACAGAGCUGAUGAAGAUAUCAGUCAAGAACCAGAGUGCACAAGGAAAGCCAUUUUCCUACCUCCUCGAUCAAUGCUACUGAUGUCAGGAGAAGGCCGAUAUGCCUGGCAUCACUAUAUACCGCAUCAUAAAAUCGAUGACGUGGGUGGUCAAGUCAUCAAAAGGAGUUCAAGGCGGGUUUCUUUUACUUUUCGAAAGGUGAGGAUGGGUCCUUGUGACUGUGAAUACAAUCAAUUUUGUGAUUCUCAUAGCAUGAGAUGUUAAUCUGGAAAGGCUAAUAGAUUUAAACCUGCUUGCUGCUACAACUGUUGGCAAGUCUCAAGACAGACUACUGGUAGGUUGUUUGAACUUUGACCCAAUCAAACUGGUGAGGGUACCCACCGAUCAAAGUCAUAUGAAGAAUUAGGUGCUUGAGCAACCAACAGAUACAGAAUUGAUGCAGCGACUCAUUCGCUUGUAACUUCAGAACCUUGUAGUAGGCUCAUUUUGAGGUUAGAUUGUGUGUCAUUAUGUUGCCUGAUAAAGACAAGUAUUGUUUAUGUUACUAUUGAGCUUCAUGGAAUUCGUCUUCACUAUCAGGAAACUUUUCUCGAUGUUA